AUGGCACCCGUGAUUAGAUCAAGACCGACGUCUCACAUGGUAAGAAUUCCCUUUGAGGUGAUGGAAACCAUCAUUGAGGCAAUCCUCUUAGCCAACGUUAAAGGCGGACGACUUAUUCUUGCUGGUCGACUUAAUUAUCGAGAUGAAGGAAGUUUAGUAAAUUGGUCAAUACGAGACGAAAUCUUACGAGGAAAUCGGUUUAAACGUACUUAUAAACUUGGAAGGAAUAUGAAGGAGGUGAUGAAAAAAGUUGCUGGGAUCAAUACUCAAUUUCAAGAAGGUGUCAAGAAUUAUUUUUCGCAUCCUCUUACGAUCACUACCUUGGAUGAUAUUCCACAUCCUAAACAAAACGAUUUUUACCAGCAGGUAGAAGUAUUACUGUUAUAUAGAUGUCAGGACAAGGCUUGGGCAAGACUUGGUCGAUUUCUCGAUCAAUCCAAAUCUACACUACGUAAUCUGGUCCUAGAUAUUGCUUCACCGCCGGAUAAUGACUCAUCGGUGAUUAUUCCAGCAAGCUUAUGGGUCUCAAUUUUCAAAGCUAAGGAGAUACGUUGCUUCGCUCUUAGAACUUAUCAUCAUCAUGAGCCAGCAAUUGCCAAUUCAAACCUACUCAAAAGAAUUAUGAGUGAGUGGAAGAAUUUGGAAGAACUAGAGAUUCACCACUUGCAAGGAACGGCAAAUGAUCGAAUGGGAGGGAUGAUCUAUUACGAUGCGAAAACUACUUGCUCUCUCACUUCACUCUUUCUGAAACAUCCUAUUCACAUUCAUCAACGAGAUCUAGAGUUCAUUAUGUCUAAGUCUUAUAAAACUCUUCAAGAACUUACAAUUUUCAGUCUUGAAUCUCAAGCCCCUCAAUUAGAAAUCAUCCUCAAUGUUUUCAAGAAAUGCAAAUCACUUAACACUUUUAGAAUAGCUAUUUACCAACCUCGUCUUCGUAUCGAAAUCGAUGGAUCUGAUGAUGAUGAAUUUGCUGACAUUAUCAAACUUUCAACACCACCAAAGACAAUAUCAAGAUCUCAAAUUUGUAUUUCAGAAAUGGUCAAACAUUUACCAAAACUGAAACAUCUCGAAUUAGCUGGAGACAUUUGGAGUAAUGAGAUAAUUAAAAACUUACCUUCUAUUGUUCAACUUCAUUCACUUUCCUUACGUAACGUACAGAAUUGUGAUUUUGGAUUCUUGAAUGCUUCGAUUCAGAAUGAUAGUAAAUUAGGGUUUUUGGAUAAGUUUGAUGUGUCUGAUUGUUCAGAUAUUCAUACCGCAAUCCCAAAUUAUCGUGAUCUCAUCAUGACUUGUCAACAGAAGAAAAUCAAGUUUGGACGUCGGAUGCCGUCACUUAUAUCAGAAGAUUACUCGGACGACCCGGACUACGACUCUGAGGACUGA